CAUAAUUUCCGAGUUAUGUGUAACAGUCUCAAGCGCUCUGGCUUUGUUUUUUUUCUUCCAGUGGUACCCAACCAGAUAAUCUGAUGGUAGUAAAGUCGAUCGUUCCUCGAAACGCGUUCCAUCUACAGUUCCCCGCGAGUCGCGAGUCCGAUUUCUAUUUCAUUUUUCUUUCCCUGCUUCCUUCUCUUGGCUGUGCCGUUGCAAUCCCCAACAAUUCGACCAACGCACCAUUGUGUACAGGCGCCGCAUUGCCCAUUGCAGCUCCUGAAGUGAUUUUUCGGUGCAAUAUCAAAUCAUCCCACCUCAUACCGCGUGCAGACGUAUAAUAUAUGUACACGCAAAUAGUGUGUGGGACGGAUAUGCUCAUAUGCUGUAAUUUAGUUGAACUAGGAAUUGUGCCUUCUUGUGCUUCAUUGAAUAUAUCGUUCUUUUCUCCUUGAUACUAGUUCAGCUCGCACC